GGAGUCCCCUCGAGGAGAGAGCUGACCAAUCACGAUUGAGGAUUCGGGCACCAAUUUAAACCGAGAGCAAACGCUUCCUGUUUUGUUUAACACACACGAGUGAACGACCAAAGAAACCAAACAUUUGGUCUAUUUCAGCCUCUUCACCGGGAAUAAAAGCAACCUCGGCAGAAACGUAAAGUUAGAAGUCGAUGGUUCAACUGCAACCCAGUCAAAACGUAACGUUAGCGUAAGUCCGGUAACAGUCAACGUUAGAUUCGGGUUUAAAAAAAGUAAGAUGCCCUCCCGUGUCGAGGACUACGAGGUGUUGUUCACUAUAGGCUCAGGCUCCUAUGGAAGGUGCCAGAAAAUAAGACGGAAACAUGAUGGCAAAAUCCUCGUGUGGAAGGAGCUGGACUAUGGCACCAUGGCGGAGAGUGAAAAGCAGAUGCUGGUGUCAGAGGUGAACCUCCUGAGGGAGCUCAAGCACCCAAACAUAGUGAGGUACUAUGACCGCAUCAUAGACCGGACUAAUGCAACGUUAUACAUUGUUAUGGAGCACUGUGAAGGUGGGGACCUGUCGAGUCUCAUCACCCGGUGUAUCAAGGAAAGGCGUUAUUUGGAUGAGCACUUUGUCCUGCGUGUAAUGGCACAGCUCAUGUUGGCCCUGAAGGAGUGCCACAGACGCAGUGAUGGCAGGGCAACGGUUCUUCAUCGAGACCUGAAACCAGCCAACAUCUUCCUCGACAUCAAACAGAAUGUGAAGCUCGGAGACUUUGGCCUUGCAAGAAUCCUGAACCAUGACACAAGCUUUGCAAAGACUUUUGUCGGGACACCUUACUACAUGUCUCCAGAACAAAUAGAUCGGAUGUCAUACAACGAAAAAUCUGAUAUUUGGUCACUGGGAUGUUUGCUGUAUGAACUGUGUGCAUUAUCCCCUCCGUUUACUGCUCACAACCAAAAAGAACUGGCAGAGAAGAUCAGAGAGGGCAAGUUCAGAAGAAUCCCAUUCCGAUACUCUGAGGAACUGAACACCUUACUCUGCAAAAUGCUCAACUUGAAGGACUAUUUGAGGCCCUCUGUGGAGUCUAUUCUGCAGAGCAGCCUGUUAGCUUAUGCGGUUGCUGAGGAGCAGAGGAGGGCACAAGUGCGGCUCCGGAGGAGGUCGGCAGACUCUGACUGUCCCCUUAAUAGGCCGGCUCCACCGAUUGCCGCCUGUGCUCCACCGAUUACCACACCGAUGCACACCUCUGAUGCAGACCUCAAACUCAGAGAACAAGCACUGCGAGACCGAGAAAAGGCAUUGAAGGAACGUGAGGAGAGGCUGGAGAAAAGAGAGCAGGAGCUUUGUGGACGUGAGCGACUGUCAAAUGAGAGGCUUGCCAGAGCAGAGAGCUUGCUGAAGAAUUACAACCAUCUACAGCAGCAGAGGGAUCUGGCACUGUGCUAUGGCAAAGACAUAGAUGUGGAGAACCUCUCCCCUGGCAAGAAGGUCCACUUUGCUGGUGAGAGUAAAGAGAACCAGCGGCCGGGUGGCCGUCAGAGUGUUACAACCCAGGAGCUGAUUUUGAGGAGGUUGCAGGCGGCUAAUCUACGAGCUCAAACCCUGACUGAAGUGGAGAAGACCUGCCAGUUCAAGAGCAGGCAGAUACUGGGCAUCCGCUGAUCCUGCAUCUGUCACUGUCUGACUUGUGACUGAUAUGUGAACGCUUCUGGAAGCAAGUAGCCAUAAUAACUGGAUCUAAUUUAAGUUGUAUUUAUAAGCUGUGAUGGUAGUGAAGCCAAAUGGUGCAUGGUUUGUAGAGUCAGAUUUUUAUUUAGUUUGACAUUGAUGAGCAGAUGUGUGUUUUUUUUUUUUUUUUUUUGUAUAGGUGGUUAUUGUGAAUGUUCCUCUAUAUUCUUGCUAAAUAUAUAUUUAAGUUUCUCAUGAUCUGCUUGGAAAUUAAAAAAACAGAACUGAUGGAUUUCCCCUUAAAAUAUAAAAACUAUUGUGGAUUGGACAAGAGUGCUAACAUGAAAAACAACUGCUGGGCCUUGUGUAAGUUUGUAUAUUGCAUACCUUGAUUUCACCUACUUAUUGUAGCUAUACGAUUAUUGUUCAUCCUGAAUGACAUGUUCUGCAAAAGAUGCUCAGUAUGCAUAGUCAAAUAUAUGUACUAUUUAUACAUACAUAGUCAAAUGAAAUAUACCAAAGUACUUUAUAAAAAUUUGGCAAAACAAUUAUUCAACACUAAAUAGUUUUCAAUUUUGACUACAAAUACACACUUGUUUUUAUAAAGACAACCCCCACAAGUGGUCAUUAGUUACCCAUGAAAAGUCUGCCACUCAAUUGAGCUUUUGCCAAUGAUUAUAGGCAACACAGGAAUUCGCCUUCACACCUGUAAGUCGUUUGGUCUUGAUUAAUAGCAGAUUAAAGGGUAUAAUUAUAUUGUGCUUUUGUUCAAUAACACGACUCCAAGCUAUGGUUGAUUGAAUAAAAAGGUGUUUAGAAACAG